UUCGGAGUUUUCUAUUUGUCAAAAACACAUCCCGAUCCGCUGGGAUAUGCUUUGGAUAUAAAUGAAGUUUUACUCUAAAAUUCAGGCAAGCGAUAUUUUAAUCGGUGUAUGAUUUAAUGUUGCCUCGCCAAUUUCAUCGUUAUCGAAUUUCUUUCAUCUCUUGUUAAAACAAAAACAAUACAAAGUCAAAACGUUGAAAAAUAACCUAUUUAUUUUGGGACUUAUUAAGCUGGGCCUGUUCGUCCGCGCCUUCAGCAUGGCGUGGCGUUCCGUGGGAGCCAAUAAUGAGGACCUGAUACGACAACUGAAGGAUCACGGUGUCAUAGCCAGUGAUGCGGUGGCCAAGGCGAUGAAGGAGACCGACCGCAAGCACUACUCUCCGCGGAACCCCUACAUGGACGCCCCGCAACCAAUCGGAGGAGGUGUCACCAUCAGUGCACCUCAUAUGCAUGCCUUUGCCUUGGAGUAUCUGCGGGACCAACUGAAGCCCGGUGCCCAUGUGCUGGACGUGGGCUCUGGAUCAGGAUACCUGACGGCCUGCUUCUAUCGUUACAUCAAGGCUAAGGGCGUCGAUGCAGAGACCCGCAUCGUGGGCAUCGAGCACCAGGCGGAUUUGGUGCGGCUUAGCAAGGCCAACUUGAACACCGACGACCGCAGCAUGCUCGACUCUGGUCAUUUGCUGAUCGUGGAGGGCGAUGGGCGCAAGGGAUACCCCGCCAGUGCCCCCUAUAACGCCAUCCAUGUGGGAGCUGCAGCUCCGGACACGCCUACCGAACUGAUAAAUCAACUGGCAAACGGUGGGCGCCUCAUAGUUCCCGUCGGACCCGAUGGCGGCUCUCAGUACAUGCAGCAGUACGACAAGGACGCCAAUGGGAAGGUGGAGAUGACUCGUCUCAUGGGCGUUAUGUACGUGCCGCUCACGGAUCUACGCUCCUGACUGCACCGAGUGGGAAGGACGCUAGUUGUGGUGCUGAUGCUCGGCCUGAUUCUCUACCAACUUUGGGCUUAUCGCUUGAAUUACUAAUCCAAUCACAAUUUAAAAGCUUGUUUUCACAUUGAGUUUAAUUAAAUAAGUUUCCUGAACAAACCCA